AUGCCUUUCUUCAAGCGCAACGAGAACAUUUCCAUCUUUUACCUUGAUGAGGGUCCACAGGAAGCCCAAGCCGUCCUGCUUAUUCCCGGCAUUACAUGCGACCUCCAUGACUGGAACUGGCAGGUCCCUUUCCUUCUUGGACUUGGUUUCCGGGUGAUUACUCCGGACCCCCGUGGCCAAGGCCACUCGUCGGCGCCGGCGCCUACGUCGGACAUCAAGUCGUACCCUGGCCCAAACGCAGACCCGUCCAUUGUGGACUAUUACCCCCAGUCAGCUGCGGAGGAUUUCAUCGCCCUGCUCCAACAUCUCAACGUCCUUUCCGUCAUCAUCAUUGCACAUUCACUCGGCACCGCCGUGGCCUACCACUUAGCCUCCGUGAGGCCGGAUCUCCCUCGCGCAAUGGUGAUUCUCGACCCGUUGCAUUCCGUUCCUACCGAAACGGCAGAUGAACACCUUAGCGAUCCGACAUCGGUUCUGCAGAAUCUGACAAUGCUCUUCGGUCCGGCCCUGUAUCCUCCCACUGUACCUACGUGGCACACCACGUGGAUUGGCCGUCGUGCGAUGCAAGGCGACAUGGUGGUGGUAAUGGCUCAGUGUUGGGCAUGCCUGGGCGACCCGAACGGGAUAGGACGGCGCGAAGUUUCGGUUGCUCAGCAUGAUGGGAAGCUUAAGUGUCCUCGAUUGACAUUUGGAAACAGCGAGUACUGGGUUGCGACGGAGCGUAGCUACCUGACAUCGAGCAGUGAAUACGAUGAAAUAGUGCUUAUUGAAGGUAUCGGUCAUUGGUUUUUCCAGUUGAAGAGUGAGGAAGUCAAUGAGCGUUUGAAGCGGUGGUUUGGGAAGGCUGGUUUACUUCCAGUCGACAAGGUGGGCCAGUAA